AUGGCAACAUUACCAUCUCAACCUGAGCCUAAUCCAAUGGAGCAAUGCAAUGCCAUUACUCUAAGAAGUGGGAAAAAUUUGAAUGGGACACAAACACAUAAGUCAUGCACGCCUGUGUUGAAGGAGGAGCACGCCCUUGCAUCACCCUGUAAGCCCAUGCUACUUGAAACAGAACAGCCGUGCUUAGAACAGCACGCCCUUGCAGACAAUGAAGGCACGACUGUGCUAGACGGAAGCAAGGUCGUGCUCAACGAAGGCACACCCGUGCUGGAUGAUGAGCAAGGCCGUGCUUACCACCCAGAUGCGAAAAAGGAGACAAGGGAAGAUGCACCAGUGAUGCUGAAAUAUGCUAAAUUUCUCAAGGAGAUGCUAAGCAAUAAAAAGAAAUUGGAAGAAUUCGAGACAGUCAGAUUGAAUGAGGAGUGCUCAGCAAUUUUACUAAGGAAGCUUCCGCCUAAGCUUAAGGAUCCAGGGAGUUUUACAAUUCCAUGCACUAUAUGCAAUUCUUAUUUUGAUAAAGCGCUCUGUGAUUUAGGUGCUAGCAUCAAUCUAAUGUCAUUUUCUAUGUUUAAAAGGUUGGGUAUGCAAGAACCCAAGCCAACUUCAAUCUCUCUGCAGCUUGUUGAUCGUUCAAUAACGUAUCCUAGGGGCAUAGUGGAGGAUGUCCUAGUCAAGGUAGAUAAGUUCAAGUUUCCUGCAGAUUUCAUUGUCUUUGACAUGGAAGAGGAUGACGAAGUACCUAUCAUACUAGGGAGGCCUUUCCUAGCCACAGGAAGAACAAUAAUAGAUGUUCAGCAAGGGAAGCUCACACUGAGGUGUUGGGGAGACAAAGCUGUUGGGGAGACAAUUGCAUAUCAAGGGAGUUACCUCUGA